GCCAGCACCAACUCCUGCCUGCCUGCUGCUGGCCUGCUGCCUCUGCGCUGCUCACCACCCUCGCCGCCUGCGUUUUGUGCCAUCGCCAUUUGCGGAUUUCUUUGGAGGAAAAGGCAAGCAAGCGAGCGCCGAAAUACUCCACAGAUACCACUCACCUACCGCUCCAAUCCGUCCAUCCACCGGGCAAAAAGCAUAUCUCCAUCCUCCCUCCGUUUCCCUUUCUCCCUCCCUCCGCCGCACAGUGCCAGGAGGCCGCCGUUGGGAGGCGUGUGUGUGUUUCUCUCGAGCCGCUGGAUCCUCCGGCCUCUUGUCGCCUGCUGGAGCGGAGAUCCGGCCGCUCGGGCGUCGGCUACGUUCUUUUUCUGCUGGAGCAGGAAGCUGGCAUCCUGCAAUGGAGUCGCCUACAGCCUCCCCUACUCUGAAGGAUCAUCUCUCCGCGCCCACAGGCCCCUUGCAUCUCAAAGUAUGGGAGGUUGUAUGCAUUGCUUUGGGAGUUUUCAUGGUGGUUGUCUUCUUUGUUGCUGUGUGGCUUACAAUCCGGAGUAAGAAGAGGGUAAGGCGGGCCUCUGCGAAUAUCCCAAUCACCCAAAUCCCUGCCAUUUCCAAGGAAAUCAAGGAGGUGAGGGUGGAGGAAGUGCCAGCAAGCGACUUCGCGGCCCAUGAUGGAGUCCUCCUGACUAUCCAAGACAAGUGUAGCGACCGUGAUUCGGACAAGGCCAUGGCCCAUCUUGGUGUUAGCAAAUCGAGGCGCGGUGAUGAGAGCCACUCGGGGUCGUUCCGCUACAUGGACAAGGAUGCAGGAUUCCAAUCAGCUGAGGAAGGGGGCUCAGGGACGUUUCGUCAGGCUUCAGCUCAUGCAAUAACCGCUCCUUCACCUCUGGUUGGUCUGCCGGAGUUCUCAUACCUUGGUUGGGGUCACUGGUUCACACUAAGGGAUCUGGAACUUGCUACCAAUCGCUUUUCAAAGGACAACAUUAUCGGUGAGGGUGGAUAUGGUAUAGUUUACCGUGGUCAGCUCAUCAAUGGUUCUCCUGUUGCUGUCAAAAAGCUUCUCAAUAACCUAGGUCAAGCUGAGAAGGAAUUCAGAGUAGAAGUUGAGGCUAUUGGUCAUGUUCGCCACAAGAACUUGGUCCGGCUUCUGGGUUACUGUGUGGAGGGUACUCAAAGGAUGCUUGUCUAUGAGUAUGUGAACAAUGGAAACCUAGAGCAAUGGCUUCAUGGAGCUAUGAGUCAGCGUGGCUCCCUUACAUGGGAGGCCCGCAUAAAGAUUCUUCUUGGGACAGCUAAAGCGCUUGCUUACUUGCAUGAGGCGAUUGAACCUAAAGUUGUGCACCGUGAUAUCAAAUCCAGCAAUAUUUUGAUUGAUGAUGAGUUUGAGUCCAAAGUAUCAGAUUUCGGUUUAGCCAAGCUUCUCGGUGCUGGAAAGAGUCAUGUCACCACUAGAGUUAUGGGAACCUUUGGGUACGUGGCGCCAGAGUAUGCAAACACUGGACUCCUGAAUGAAAAGAGUGACAUUUACAGCUUUGGAGUUGUUCUCCUAGAAGCGAUUACAGGAAGGGACCCCGUUGACUAUGGUCGCCCAGCAAAUGAGGUGAAUCUGGUUGAUUGGCUAAAAAUGAUGGUUGCUAGCAGGCGGUCAGAGGAAGUAGUCGAUCCCACCAUAGAGACACGACCUUCGACGAGAGCGCUCAAGCGUGCACUGUUGACUGCUCUGAGGUGUGUGGAUCCAGAUUCAGAGAAGAGACCGAAGAUGGGUCAAGUUGUCCGGAUGCUGGAAUCAGAUGAUCCAAUUCCUCGAGGGGACAGAAGAUCUAAGCACCACCGUGGAGGGAGCACAGAAAUGGAUUCGCAAAGGGACAACAACUCCGACACGGAGAAGAGUGAUAAUCCGGAUUCCAAACCAAGCAGGAGCAGAGCAUCAUCAUCAAAAUGAGCGCACUGGCAUUUCUCGUACUACAUUCUUUGGUACAUUGCAUGGACCAGACUUCUUCCAUUUUACAUUGCUGACGAAUUGGUAACUGAAGGCUCUGAAGCUUGAAUACACAAGAGCUCAGGAAAGAAGAUCUACUUUUUUCUUUUUCCUUUUUUCUUGGUUGUAACGGUUUAUGAUUUAUUUGUAGAGAAAGGUAUUGUUUUUUUACUUAUCGAUUUAUAUGUACUUACUGGUGAUCUCGACAAUUGCUGCUGUAAGUUCUUAACAGUGUGUACAGGCGUAGCAUCAUGAAUACUGGCGGAAUACCCGUAAUAUUUGUAAUGAUAAUGUUGCAAUUAAAAGCAUCCUUCCCAUUGAGCGCAC